AUGGCUGCAAAAGUAGAAGAGCAGCCGGGUUACGGCAACCUCUCCAUCCCAGCUAGAAUUGAUAAGCUGCGUGAGCUCAUCGGCACAAGAGUCGCGCUGCCUCAGCUAGUCAUUGUUGGGAAGCAGUCUUCAGGCAAAAGCUCAGUUAUUGAGAGCCUGACUGGAGUUCCGAGGCUUCCCACCCGCCACGUAACGCAAAUUAGCUGCCGUCGUCAAGCAGAGAAGAUGGUUUCUGUCUCCAUUAUAGUCAACCCGGAGGCUGCGGCCGAAUCCCGUGCUAGCGUAGAAGACUUCCAUCGUACUUUCACUGAUCUCUCUUUGGAUAGCCUCACUAAGCUCUGCAGAGAGGUCGAUGAUAUAAUGAGUAUUGGUGGUGGCGGGAAUACUACUGACCCCGACGACCCCGAUGACCCCCCGCUGCCCGAUUUCAGUGAGCAUGUUCUCAAGAUCGAGAAGCUAGGGCCGGAUGAAGAUGACUUGACUGUGGUGGAUAUUCCUGACAUAUCUCGGCAGGAGGUUCUAGGCAUUAUUGGAAUCGAAGACUCUCCACCGGGGUUGAAGAUGGUCAAGAAAUACAUCCAAGAUUCCCGGACAAUUAUCUUAGCCAUUAUGCCUAGCAAUAUUGAUCCUGCUAAACAGGCGGUCCUGAAAUUGGCACAACAUGUCGACCCCACCAUGACCAGAACCAUGGCAAUCCUUACGAACCCCGAGUUAGCCACUCAGGAGAUGACCCAGCAACUCAUCAUUAACUACGUUUUGGGUGAACGAGGUGAUCUUGCACUCGGAUACUACAUUGUGAAAACCCGAGGACCAGACGAGGUUGACAUGACGCUGGAGCAGUCACAAGCCCAGGAACGUAUGUUCUUUGCUAAUGCUCCAUGGUCUGCUCUCGCCUAUACUGGUAGGGUAGGAAUUGACCGCCUCAAGCAGCGUGUCCAAGAACUCUUGAUCGAUCUAUUCAAAAGAAAUUUUCACCAGCUUAAAUCAGAAAUCAACAAGAAGAUUUCCAUUCUCAAAGCAAUACACAACAAGUUGGGGCCUCCCAGAAACGAUCCGCACACCCAACGUGCGUAUCUUAUCCAAACGAGUGAAGCGUUUCAAUCUCUAUGUAGAGACGCACUAAACUAUCACUAUAGUCGUCACAAGAUUUUCGAGCGCCAUGAUCUCAGGUUAAUUACUCGUGUUAUCGACACUGUUGGGUGCUAUGCGCUGGAGAUGGAAAUAUACGGACACACGCGAGCAUUUCAAAGCGACCGCAGAGUCUGGCAGUGGAAGAAUAACGCUAAAAGGCUAAUUGAAGGUCCUACCCCUGCCAAAGAAGAAACAUUAGAAGAAACCUGGGAGCGACUGAACUGGAUCAGAAAAGGAGAUGUAUAUGACCCUUCCCUUGUUGGAGAACAAGCAAUUUGGUUCAAGAAAGAUGCACAGGAUCCUUCUCCUGCUGGAAAAUCGGCGCGAAAAGACUGUACGGAGGAGUGUGAGAAGAAGAUAGGAGAGGCAAACCCUCUUCCUAUACCUGAAAGGACAGUACACAACGAUGGUACAGAGGAGGGUGACAAAAAAAACGGAGAAGCAAGUGCUCUUGUUGUGCUGGAGAAACCAACACCAAAUAAUGGUACAGAGGAGAGUGACAAAAGUAAAGGAGACGAAGCCGCCUCUUUUUCAUCUGAAGAAUUGAUAGAUCAUCAUAGGAUCGAUUAUGCUGAAGCUGUGCGCAAAUAUCCCGAGUUAAAGGAAUUGCAGGGGGCCGGGGAAUUUUUGAGCUCAAGUUUGAACCAAGACAAAGUAAUUAAAGUCCAACUCAGACAAAAGUAUUUGAAAGGCAUAAUGGAGUACAUCCAGGAGAUGUACUACUUAAGCCACGGACAAAAUGACAAUCGUGAACACAUUACACUGGGUCACAUGUUUAUCACGAUAUACCAUGUUCACCACUUCAUCUCGGAAGCCGUCAAGGCAGUCUUUCUCGACUCAGGAGUACGUGAAAGACUAUGGGGUGGAUACCUCCUUGAAGAGUUGAUCAAAUCCUACCGCAGAGCAAACGACCAGGCAAUGUUUCUACUCCGUAUCGAACGUGAGGGGCCAAUGCUGACUCUCGGGAACUUCGGCGCACUUAAACAGAAUCUCCAGGAGCUACGAACUGAUAAAAGCAUGCAUGGGCUACAGAAUAUACCCAUACAAGAUAGUAUGACCGAGACGAUUGAACAUGCAUACGAAGUGCUUUUAAACUAUUACAACGUCGCACGCGAGCGCUUUGUUGAUGGAGUCUACCUGCAAGCUGUGAAUUACCAUCUGCUCGAAGGAGAAACAAGCCCGCUCAAGGUUUUCAGCGCCGAGAUGAUCGCGAAUCUCGAUGACGAGCAGCUGGAGAUAAUUGCUGCUGAGGACUCAGUGGCGAAGCAGAAGCGAGCGCAGCUUGUUCAGAAUAUCAGAAAUUUUACGAAGGCUCUCAAGAUUUUGGAAGGCUCUGAGUAA